UUGGCCCGUGGCGGGACCCGUCGGUCGCGCUGCUGUUCUGGGAAGGAGAGAAAAUGGCGGCCGAGCCGAGCAAGACCGAGAUCCAGACGCUUUUUAAGAGGCUUCGCGCAAUUCCGACCAACAAGGCCUGCUUCGACUGUGGCGCCAAGAAUCCGAGUUGGGCCAGCAUCACGUACGGUGUUUUUCUGUGCAUUGACUGCUCCGGGGUGCAUCGCUCCCUGGGCGUCCAUCUCAGCUUCAUCAGGUCCACAGAGUUGGAUUCCAACUGGAGCUGGUUCCAGCUGAGGUGUAUGCAGGUCGGCGGGAAUGCCAAUGCGACAGCCUUCUUCCGCCAACAUGGAUGCACAGCCAAUGAUGCCAACACCAAGUAUAACAGUCGAGCUGCCCAGAUGUACCGAGAGAAGAUCCGGCAGCUGGGGAGCGCGGCCCUGGCUCGGCAUGGCACUGAUCUUUGGACAGACAGUGUGAGUCCUGCUGCCAGUCACUCCCCAGAGAAGGAGUCCGAUUUCUUCUUGGAACACACUCAACCCCCUGCCUGGAAUGCACCAGCCACCGACCAGUCAGAGACCCAGCAGCCGGCCCCGUCUGCAGAGAACAGUGGCCUGGCACAGCCGGAGCAUGGCCCCAACAUAGACCUGCUUGGCACCUCACCCAAAGCCUCUCUGGAGUCCGUGUAUCUGUCACCUAAAGGGGUUCUUCCUGCCAGAGAACCGAAAACCUCCCUCAUUGGCAAGAAGAAGCCAGCAACAGCGAAGAAGGGGCUGGGUGCCAAGAAGGGCCUAGGGGCCCAGAAGGUGAGCAGCCAGAGUUUCAGCGAGAUUGAGCGGCAGGCCCAGGUGGCAGAGAAACUCCGUGAGCAGCAGGUGGCUGAUGCCAAGAAGCAGGCCGAGGAGUCCAUGGUUGCCUCCAUGCGUCUGGCCUACCAGGAGCUCCAGAUUGACCGUAAGAAGGAGGAGAAGAAGCUACAGAACCUGGAAGGGAAGAAGAGAGAGCAGGCCGAGAGGUUGGGCAUGGGACUGGUGUCCCGAAGCUCCGUCUCCCACUCGGUGCUGUCCGAGAUGCAGGUGAUCGAGCAGGAAACCCCAGUGAGUGCCAAGUCCUCUCGCUCGCAGCUGGACUUACUUGACGACGUUGGCACCUUUGCCUCUGGGCCUCCAAAGUACAAGGACAACCCCUUCUCCUUGGGGGAGAGUUUCGGUUCCCGCUGGGAUACAGAUGCUGCCUGGGGUAUGGACAGGAUGGAGGAGAAGGAGCCGGAAGUGACCGUCUCCAGCAUCCGGCCCGUUUCAGAAAGAGUCACCAACCGGAGGGAAGUGGAGAGCCGGAGCUCGGGCCUGGAGUCAAGCGAAGCACGUCAGAAAUUUGCAGGAGCCAAAGCCAUCUCCUCCGACAUGUUCUUCGGGCGGGAGGUAGAUACUGAGUAUGAAGCCAGGUCCCGGCUCCAGCAGCUCUCGGGCAGCAGUGCCAUCAGCUCGUCAGACCUCUUCGGGGACGUGGAUGGAGCACAUGGAGCAGGCAGCGUGUCCCUGGGGAGUGUGCUGCCCACGGCUGACAUCGCCCAGUUUAAGCAGGGUGUCAAGUCUGUGGCCGGGAAGAUGGCCGUGCUGGCCAAUGGCGUGAUGAACUCUUUGCAGGAUCGCUAUGGUUCCUACUGACCCAGGCUCCGUGUCUCAGACUUUGGGUGGUGGCAGUAGCAGAAACCUCAUGAUGCCUCGGCCUGGGAUGCUUGCCUUGUGGAAGCUGGGGAGGCAUUGUUACUUUAUGCCUGUGGCGUGAGUGGGGUGGCCUGUGAGGAGCUUGGGCGAGGGAGGGGCAGAGUCGGCCCCUGACCUCUGCCUGGAGAUCGGGCCCUUCGUUCCCCUCCCCGCACACACUGACCUCUGCCUGGAGAUUGGGCCCUUCGUUCCCCUCCCUGCACACCCCGACCUCUGCCUGGAGAUCGGGCCCUUCGUUCCCCUCCCUGCACACACUGACCUCUGCCUGGAGAUUGGGCCCUUCGUUCCCCUCCCUGCACACCCCGACCUCUGCCUGGAGAUCGGGCCCUUCGUUCCCCUCCCCACCCACCCUGAUCUCUGCCUGGAGAUCGGGCCCUUCGUUCCCCUCCCCGCACACCCCACCCUGUGUGCUCCGUGCUUCUGGUCCUGACCCCCACACUGCCGCUCACUUGGCUUGCCACCCUGGGAGUGAGGGGAGGGCAUACCCUCAGGACGGCUCAUUCUGGGUCCAGGCCUUCCUUGAGGAGGGAGAGUAAUAAGUGUAAGGCUGUUUUGCCGGCUUUAGGGUCCUUCCAGGUGGUCCCGGGGGUUGGCUCCUGCCCUGGAAGCGGCAGGGAGGCUGGAGAGAGCUCUGCUGUAGCUCAGCCCCCAGGGCGGGAGGCUGUGGACGCGCUGCUGCUCCUGUGCUCUCUUCGGCACCAGGAGAGGGCAGGGGAGGGGAAGGACCUCCCUCUGGGACUUGCGAAGGGCUAGAAGCUUGACCUGGUACCUAAAGCUUCCAUUUGGGAUCAGACUAGAGGCCCGAGUGAUCUCCUGUCUCGCCGACCUUUUCUACAGCGGUCGCUUGGAGGACUCCUCCUCCUGGGUGUGUGGGAAUCCUCCCAUGCCAUCUGUGGUGGACCGCAGUCCCUCGGAGACUCUGUCCCUUCUUCCCCUGCUUGGUGGCUGUGGUGGGUUUGCUCUGCCCGGGGCUCUGCUCGGGAUGCUGUGAGCGUAGUGCUGGCAGAGGACGCGUGGGACUGAAGCAGGCGCCUGAGCUCGGCUUUCCUUCUCUGCACCAUCUUGGCCUCAGGACCCUGGGCAGCAACCCCCACGGAGAGCUCGCGGCACCUGCGGGGCGGCAGGUCUCGGCCCCAGGCCACACACUGUGCCGUCCUUGGUGCCACCUGCCCCUGCCGCCGGCAGCCCGGGUCCCCCAACCGUGACGGGGGCUGGGCUCCCGAGCGCCGCAGACUGCUAUUCCCACCACCCCUCCCCAAAGGGACGUGACUUUCUUUCUGGACUGUAUUGAAACAAAGUGGUGUCGAAUAAAGCCCCGAAGGGGCCCUGGGCCUCUGCU